CGCGCUCGUUCACAGAACAUUCUGGUUAUCUGCCGAGUGGAGACAUCCGAGGCUAGUCCGCUACGAGGCGAUGAGGCUCCAUUCAUAACUAACCAGGAACAAAGCUCUUUAUUAAUUCUCUGUAGAAAAAAACAAAAGAACACACGCAGUAAUGACACUCACACCUCUCGUCUACUGGGCUCAACGUCAUGGAGAAAUGUACCUGCGAGUGGCGCUGACAGACGCUCAGAACAUUGAUGUCUGCGUACGUGAAAACGUUCUUCAGUUUAGAGCCCAGGGCCACGGUGCAAAAGGACAAAAUGAAUACGAGUUCACUUUGGAGUUUCUUCUACCAGUGAAACCAGAGGUGAGCCACAGGUCCACACAGCGGCAGGUAAAUAUCACGGUGCAGAAGGAGCAGCAUGGCUGGUGGGACAGACUCACCUCACAGCAGCGUAAACCUGCCUUCCUGACACCUGACUUUGACCGCUGGCUGGACGAGUCCGACGCUGAGACGGAGAUCCGUGAAAAGGAGGAGAAAAGGAACAAGAUGAAGGCUUCGACGCAUAAAGAGGAAGGGUUUGUCAGCCUGAAAACAGUAUUUCUGUUUGUAUAUAACCUGGUGCAGUUUAUUGCUUUUGCCUGGAUCUUUGUGAACAUGACUGUGCGCCUCUUUAUCUUUGGCCAAGACUCUCUCUUCGACACAUUUAACACCAUAUCGGAUGUGAUGUUCUUCUGCCAGAUCUUGGCAGCAGUAGAGGUCCUCAACGCUGCUUUUGGUGUUGUCAGAACAGGUGUUGUUCCAACUCUUAUACAGGUGGUUGGAAGGAAUUUUAUCCUCUUCAUCGUUUUUGGUAGUUUGGAGCAAAUGCACAACAAGCCAGUGGUGUUCUUUGUUUUCUAUUUGUGGAGUGCCAUCGAGAUUUUCAGGUAUCCAUUUUACAUGCUGGGCUGUUUAGAUAUGGAGUGGAAAACCCUCACAUGGCUGCGCUACACAAUAUGGAUACCACUGUACCCAUUAGGUGUUUUAGCUGAAGCUGUCGCGGUCAUACAAUCCAUUCCCAUCUUCGACAAGACCAAACUCUUCAGCAUUCCUCUGCCGAAAGUCAUCGGCACCUCCAUCAACUUCUCCUACGUCCUGCACGUUUAUCUUGUUCUCAUGUUUCUGGGACUUUUCAUCAACUUUCGUCAUCUUUAUAAGCAGAGGACGAGGCGUUUCCGUACCAAGAAGAGGAAAACAAAUUGAGACUCUGCACCGACGGCCUUCCUCAAAUACCUCUGCUGCCUGUUUGUUUUCUGGAAAUUUUCUCAAGCCAUGGUCCCGUCAAAUCAUAAAUGUUAUGAAGGUAUUUUCUUUCGUGCAGCCUGUUUACAAGAACUACAGUGAUAUCCUAUAAGGUCACCAUGAACAUGCUAAAAGAUGUUGAUUAAAUUACUGUAUUGACAGUCCCAUUUACAGGCGAUUGAUUCCUCAUGAAUUUAGUGGAUUGGAUAACUUUUGGUGAAAUACACUGCAACAAGCUCUGAUCAGGAAAUCCCUUGGCCUUCAUUUGAAAUAUCGGUGUAUAAAUGAAGUGAGCAACAACACUCUGAACAAAUGUAUAUGUUAUCAUUCCAGAUAUCUGACCCGUCCAACAAACCUCAGGGAAAAUUUCACCGGUUACUGCUUAACUUCAGAAAGUUGUCCCGUUUUUUCAAUGCUAACCUGCUAUGAAGAAUCUUUUAUCUGUACCUAAUUCUGUUUUAAUACUUUUGACAGUCACUUACAUUUUGAUGGCAAACAUUAACAGUCACUUUCAGCAAGGUUUACUAUAAAUGUGACACUGAAUAAAAAUUAAAUGUA